UUAUGAGUUCUCAACGCGGCAAUGCUCAGCGAAACAGACCUCAAAAGCACAAGAAUUCAGUUGCAUUCAGAAAUAACAAGUAUGAUACGUCGAAGAAGACUGCAUCGCUGAACCAGUUGGAAAUGGAUGGAUUGUGUACAAGAUGUAGAGAGAUAAUCGAAUGGAAAAUAAGAUACAAGAAAUACAAGUCUCUAACUAAGCCUCGAACCUGGUAUGCUUGA